AUGCCCAAAAAAGGGUCUCCUUUGUACGAUGCGCUGAAAGCGACAAUUGACAGUCUGAAGACGCUGUUUGACGACGGGGUCAUAUUUCUUCCACAUCUCACAAUCACCUCGGAUAUCCACUGUCACAACCAGGCUCAAGUCGAUAGCAUUCUCGACACGGCAUUGGCUGCGUCGAAAGCAGUCCCCCAGAUCCCGGUGAUCGUAGAUGGACUGGUCUAUGGCAGUCUAUAUUUCAAAAAAGUGUUCUUAUCAGUGGUACCAGCACCAGAACUGGUGUCUCUGGCCAGGAUAUGCCGCGAGGAGUUUGUCACUGCUCCAAUGAUUGCAUCUUCAGAAAAAAACUACUCAGCCCUUUCGCAAGAAGAACGGGAUUCUCUAAGUAAACAAGCGGCUCAAAUUGCCAACGACUGGGCCCGAGACGAAUACAAACCACACGUCAGUCUCGCGUACUCGAACAUGUACCCCGUGGAUGAGGCUCUUCAGGGAACGAUAGACAUGCGACUCACCGACACCUUCGGCGAGCAUUACGCUACCCGCGGCAUUGGCUGGACCGGCGGCCGGCUCGCUCUCGUUCGCUGCGAGGGCAAUGUCGAGGACUGGGUGGUUCUAGGGCACCGCGAUAUCUGA